AUGGAUCCAGAUCCCGGAAUCCCCAUCGAACCCGCCCCCUCUGUCUUCAACUACGUGCUCUCCUUCCUCCUCGUCGGCGUCGCAUGGGGCUUCACAACCCCCUUUAUCCGGCGCGCAGCAGCAGACUUCAACGCCCGGCAAGCGAAGCAAGCAAAUGACCCAAACACCUCAGCGCGCAGAAGAAGACGCUCACAAGACUCGGCACGAGCCGGGUUCACAGACGCGGGCGAGGCACAGGAAUUGCUCUCUCGGGAAGAAGAAGACAGCGACUCCGGUGCCGAUGUGCCAAGACGGAGUACGAGCAGUGACGUGAACCGGAAACCGAAGACCGCGGGUCAGGAUACUGGACUUGCUGAACAGAGCGGGAGCCGUGAUAGGGAAGACAGGGAAGGCGGCGCAGACGAGGACGAGGACGAUGUGCCCAUGCCGGCGUGGAGACAUGGAGGUCCGGUGAAGCAGUCGUGGCUGCGGGCGAAGAUUGUUUCUGUUUUCUGGACGGUUGUUAAUCUGCUCCGUACACCUGCAUAUGCGAUUCCCUUGGUUAUCAACCUCACGGGCAGUAUUUGGUUUUUUUUGCUUGUUGGGAAACAUGAACUUUCUUUGACUGUGCCGCUGGCAAACUCGAGUGCGUUCUUGUUUACGGUUCUUGGGGAGUGGUAUGUUGACCGCAAGGUGAUUGCGAAGGAGACUUGGUUGGGGAUGGGGCUGGUACUUGGAGGGAUUGCAUUAUGUGUGCAUUCUAAGAAUCAGGCUUCUUGA